AUGGAUCGUCUUCUACGUCUUGGAGGAGGUAUGGCUGGAUUGUCCCAAGCGCCGCCGCCAACGGAUGCACCUGCUGUUGAUACUGCAGAGCAAGUAUACAUCUCAUCUCUGGCAUUGCUGAAGAUGUUAAAACACGGUCGUGCUGGCGUGCCUAUGGAGGUCAUGGGUCUCAUGUUAGGUGAAUUUGUGGACGACUAUACUGUGCGUGUGAUUGAUGUGUUUGCCAUGCCUCAGACUGGUACUGGGGUAUCAGUAGAAGCCGUGGACCCUGUCUUCCAAGCCAAAAUGUUGGACAUGCUUAAGCAGACUGGCAGACCUGAGAUGGUCGUUGGAUGGUACCACUCUCACCCUGGUUUUGGCUGCUGGUUAUCAGGUGUUGACAUAAACACUCAGCAGUCUUUUGAAGCUCUCUCAGAGAGGGCUGUAGCUGUUGUGGUUGACCCCAUUCAGUCAGUGAAGGGUAAAGUAGUGAUUGAUGCUUUCCGCCUCAUCAACCCUAACAUGAUGGUGCUCGGCCAGGAGCCAAGACAAACCACAUCAAAUUUGGGUCAUCUCCAAAAACCAUCAGUACAAGCCCUGAUCCAUGGACUGAAUCGUCACUACUACUCCAUCAGUAUAAACUACAGGAAGAAUGAACUGGAGCAAAAAAUGUUGCUGAACCUCCACAAAAAAUCCUGGAUGGAUGGACUCACUUUAUCAGACUACAAGGAACACUGUUCGAUCAACGAGACCACAGUCACAGACAUGUUGGAGCUAGCUAAAAAUUACAAUAAGGCAUUAGAGGAUGAAGAGAAAAUGACCCCAGAACAGCUAGCCAUUAAGAAUGUAGGCAAACAGGAUCCCAAGAGGCAUCUAGAGGAGAAAGUCGAUGUCCUGAUGUCCAACAACAUAGUGCAAGGUCUAGGAGCGAUGCUUGAUACCAUGGUGUUCAAAUGA